AUGGCUACCACCGGUACAAAGUCCUUCUGUCACAAAGAGUACCCACCGCGGGCAGAUCUGCGCAAAAUGAUGGACCAGCAGCCUCUUCCCACCCUUGCCCCUGGAUUGAUCGGUUCCACUUCAAUGACAAGUGAUGAAGCAACGAGCCAAGCGCGGGCGGUUUUGGAUAUUUUCAACGCUGCUUUGGCUGUUGAUGAUGCUAAAACAUUGGAGAGUUGUUUCUAUGCCGACCAGGCAUACUGGAAGGACCAGCUGUCUCUAACCUACCACUUGCGUACAUUCAAUACUCCAGGUAUUAUUGCAGCCGGUCUGCUGGAAACGGCAAAGCUCAGAGGCAUUUCAAAAGGCAUCGAGAUAGAUGGGUCGGCUAUGCUCCUGCCAGUGACGCCAACACUUCAAUUCAUUGACUGUCCUCUUGUAUUCCAAACCAGCUCGCCAGCUACAACUUGCCGUGGAAAGGUCAUGCUCUUGCCGGUGAAAGACACUGGGUACAACAAAGUUGUGUGGAAAAUUUGGGUGUUGUUUACUCGGCUCGAGAGUUUGGAUAUACAACCCGAGGAUGAGAUACUGCUUCGGUCCCCUCGAAGGCAACUCGAUAAUGCAGAGAGCUUUGACACGGACGUCUUCAUAAUUGGCGGUGGAAACGCUGGCGUCACUCUUUCAGCCCGUCUCAAGGCACUGGGCGUAGAUAGUCUCUUGGCUGAGCAAAAUCCCCGUGUCGGUGACAAUUGGGCUCUUCGAUAUGACUGCAUGAAGUUUCAUAUUCCGACUUCAGUCUGCGAUAUGCCUUAUAUGGAGUAUGGUGAAGAGCUCCGAACUCCCAAUUUCCUUACACGGCAGAACUUGGCGUCGCAGGUCCAACAAUAUGUGGAAAAGUUCAAUCUCAACAUGAUAACUUCGGCUAAGAUUCAAUCCACUCAGUAUGAUGAGAGCGCGAAGAGAUGGAAAAUUAACUUUCAAACUCCACAUGGAAAGAGGACAGCAGUGUCCAAACAGCUUGUCCUGGCGACGGGUUAUGGAUCGCAAAAGCCCAAUCUACCGACUAUAGCAAACAGAGAAAUUUAUAGGGGCAUUAGCAUCCACUCAGCUGAAUACAAGAAUGCUACGGCAUUGAAGGAGCAGGGUGUCAAGGUGAGCAAUCUGCAAAGGAGUUCCUUAUGA